UCAAUUUUCAGUCUCAGUUUCCCCUUUCUCCUCUAGCCUGAGCUCGAGCAGUGAAGGAAUCCUCCGGUCAACCCCGCCGCCGGCAGCACCGGCAAGGAUCCCGUCGAGCAAGGCGCGCCACAGUGUCUCCAACGCUUCUCAAUCGCGCCGCCAGGUACUCCCCAGGGUCGUGUUGUUGGUUUCUUUUGCCUCUCCUCUCUUUCUCUCUCGACUGUCGCCGUUCUAGCCAGAUAGAAAGUGUAGCUGACUAAACCAACGCUUCAAAUUCCGCAACCGCGAUUUUCCUACAGGAAAAUCCUUCGCUUUACUGCACCCUUCAACUGGGGCGAUGUCUUUGUCAAAAGAAGCAGACCCAACAUUGGGUUACCUCAUGCGCAAGGACACGGAGGUGAAGCUUCCACGGCCAACGCGGGUCAAGAACAAGACACCUGCUCCGAUUCAAAUCACAGCGGAGCAGAUUCUCCGGGAGGCUCGGGAGCGGCAAGAGGCUGAGAUCCGCCCGCCAAAGCAGAAGAUCGCCGGUGCCACUGAGCUUGGCGAGUACCGCCUCCGCAAGCGAAAAGAGUUUGAGGACUUAAUUCGGCGUGUGAGACGGAACAUUGGCGUGUGGAUUAAGUAUGCACAGUGGGAAGCGUCUCAGAAGGACUUCGAGAGAGCACGCUCCAUUUGGGAGAGAGCACUGCAAGUUGACUACAAGAACCACGCCCUUUGGCUCAAGUAUGCAGAGGUGGAGAUGAAGAACAAGUUCAUCAACCAUGCGCGAAAUGUGUGGGACCACGCUGUCACCCACUUACCGAGGAUCGACCAGUUAUGGUACAAGUAUAUACAUAUGGAGGAACUGCUUGGCAAUGUUGCUGGUGCCAGACAGGUUUUCGAGCGGUGGAUGAAGUGGAUGCCUGAUCAGCAGGGAUGGCUCUCUUACAUCAAGUUUGAGCUUAGGUACAAUGAAAUUGAGCGAGCCAGGGGGAUAUUCGAGCGUUUUGUGCAGUGCCACCCUAGGGUUGGGGCAUGGAUUUGGUAUGCCAAGUUCGAGAUGAAGAAUGGGGAGGUGGCAAAGGCUAGGAAUGUUUAUGAGAGAGCGGUGGUGAAGCUUGCUGAUGAUGAGGAAGCUGAGCAGCUGUUUGUUGCUUUUGCUGAGUUUGAGGAGAGAUGUAAGGAGACUGCGCGUGCAAGGUGUAUAUAUAAGUUUGCCCUUGAUCAUAUCCCCAAGGGGAGGGCAGAAGACUUGUACCGUAAGCUUGUGGCAUUUGAGAAGCAGUAUGGUGACAGGGAAAGGAUUGAGGAUGCUAUUGUCGGCAAAAGGAGGUUUCAGUAUGAGGAUGAAGUGAGGAAAAAUCCGUUGAAUUAUGAUUCAUGGUUUGACUAUAUACGAUUGGAGGAGAGUGUGGGCAAUAAGGAAAGGAUCAGGGAAGUGUAUGAGAGAGCUAUAGCCAAUGUUCCUCCUGCAGAGGAGAAGCGAUUCUGGCAGCGAUACAUCUAUUUGUGGAUUAAUUAUGCACUCUACGAAGAGCUUGAUGCUGAAGAUGUGGAUCGAACAAGAGAUGUAUACAGGGAGUGUCUCAACUUGAUACCACACAGUAAGUUUUCAUUUGCAAAGAUAUGGCUUCUAGCAGCCCAGUUUGAAAUACGUCAGCUGAAUCUCAAGGGUGCUCGACAGAUAUUAGGACAUGCCAUUGGAAAGGCUCCAAAAGACAAGAUUUUCAAGAAGUAUAUAGAGAUAGAACUGCAGCUCGGUAACAUAGAUAGAUGCAGGAAACUAUAUGAAAAGUAUCUGGAGUGGUUGCCUGAAAAUUGCUAUGCUUGGAGCAAGUAUGCAGAAUUGGAGAGAUCUUUAUCUGAGACUGAUCGAGCUAGAGCAAUAUUCGAGCUUGCAAUCGCUCAACCAGCAUUGGAUAUGCCUGAGCUAUUGUGGAAGGCAUAUAUUGACUUUGAGACUGCAGAAGGUGAAUUUGAGAGAGCAAGAGCGCUUUAUGAAAGGCUUCUUAAUAGAACAAAGCACUUGAAGGUAUGGAUAAGCUAUGCGGAAUUUGAGGCAACAGCAAUAGAUCAGAACAGUUUAGACUUGACAGAAGAAGAGCAAGAGAGGGAAUGCCUUCAGCGUGCUAGAAGGGUAUUUGAGGAAGCUCUUAACUACUUCAGAUCGUUAGCUCCGGAACUGAAGGAGGAAAGGGCAAUGCUAUUGGAGAAAUGGCUCAACAUGGAGGCUGCUUCUGGGGAGCUUGGUGAUGUUAGCUUAGUCCAGUCUAAGCUGCUGAAGAAGCUCAAAAAGAGAAGACAAGUUACUACUGAAGAUGGCUCUGCCAGAAUUGGGGAAUUCAUCGACUAUUUGUUCCCUGAAGAAAUUCAGACGACUAAUCUUAAGAUCUUAGAAGUUGCAUACCAGUGGAAGAAGCAAAAGUUGUCUUCUGGCAACAACUAACUAUAUUUUCAUCUUUUGUCUUGUUUGUAACAUGUAUAUAUAUGUUGGGGUGAUUAGGGAUGGCUUAUUGUUAAAAUACAAUUAUUGUGACUACAACUUAGCCCAUUUACGUCUUUAGAACAUUCAUUGUUUUAAUCCACAAAACCAAAUUUUCUUGAUUUCUA